AUGUUCUUCCAAAUUAAAUUUAUUUUAUUCUUUUUAUUUGCCUCAUCAUUUUUAUUCAACUCAGCAGGAGGCGGUUUGGCCUGUUAUGCGGCUUGUCAAGCUGCCGCGGCCGCUGCUUGUGCCGCUUGUGCAGUUGUUUUGGCUGGCCCUGUAGCCUAUCCAGCUUGUCAGGCAGCGGCUGCUGCUGCUUGUGGUGCAACUGGUCCUGUUUUUCCGGUGUGUUAUGCCGCCGCUCAAGUGGCAUGUGCUUGUAUUUUGUUGUGA